UCAUUGUAAUUAUGUGCUUCGUGAGUGGCUUUUACUUUGCCCGCUGCUGCUCUCUCCCGUCGCCAAGCAAGCAGGCAAGCGCUCUGAUAUGAGAUAGAUCUCUCAAAGUCUCAAUCUCUCUCUUGACUUGGUGUUGUUCUCCGGCCAUCGGUCAAAGGUGACGGAUUUCCUCUUCCGAGCUUUUGUAAGCGUAAAAGGGAGGAUCAGAAGGAGCUUCUACGAAUCGGAAAAGUUACUGGUUAUUCAGUCACUGAGAUAGAGGCUCGCAGUUGUUUGCUGGUGUUAGAACAGGAGUGUAGCUUGCGCAUGCUUGUUAAUAAGAUGUUGGUGCCGAAACAGUAUCGUUGCACACACUCAGCUACAUGCUUAUGCACAAAAGGUCACUUGAGCGAGGAUGCAAUCUACCUUGUCUUCCAACAUCUGAACUGGAACCCUAGAUCGAUUGCAGUAAUGUCUUGUGUUUGCAAAUGGUUUGAUGAGAUUGCCAAGCGUGUCUUCUGGAAGGAGUUUUGCCGGGCAAGGGCCCCCAAAAUGAUGCUGGAUAUGCAGUCAUGUGGGAGUCACAGUGUUGAUGGAAACUGGAAAGCACUUGGAAAGCUUCUUAUUCAUUGUUCAGGUUGCAGUCUCUUUGGUAUUGCCCAUGUCCCAGGUCACUUUGUUUAUAGGACUAGGUUUUCUAGGACUUCGGGGAAAAGCUUUCUUCUUCCACAAUGUAGGACAGAUGUUUUGUAUGUGUCUGACCCAUGUGAACACCUUGAUCAAGGUGAUGAUGGUGAUGUAGGAAUCUUUCGUGGUAUGUUCAAGUCGUUUUCGGUGUCGAGGGUAAGAAAGAUGCUUAUCGAUAGGCAGGCCCAAUUCCAUCCGACGCAGGUGUGUCCAUAUUGCAAGGCAAAAUUGUGGGAUAUGUUGCAGGCCAAGAUGAUACCCAGGAGUGCUUGCAUCAGGCUGUGUGCUUACGAUGACAGCAUCGAGUGUUUUGUAUGUCUCAAUGGGCACAUGUUAGGUGCAUGCACUCUGCUGCCACUAUCUGACUCUGAGGAGGCAUCAGAUAUUGACUGAUGCUUAAAAAUGAGUAAAAUUUUGUUUGAGGUUAGUUCUCUUGAUCUUUUCUGUUUGAUCCCUCCAUGGUGAUUUUAGCUGAAUAAAUUAACAAAAUCCCUAUAACUUGCUGUUUUUCAGUGGUGUGUUUUCCUUGUCUAAUCGCUUGAGUAAGCAAGCAAAAGGAUAACCCAUGGAUUUCCUCCCAUUUUAUCCCGUCACAAUAAGUGAAAUCAUGCUAAAGUUUGUUUGGAUGAAUCUAAUUUGCUAUAUGUUAAUUCAAAGUACUGUAAUUAGAUCAGAUAUCUGUUUAACUGAGUUGUAUUGCUCAAAAUGAUCAUUUGCAAAAUCCAACAGCAAUUGUAGCUCAAUUGCAUUUUUUACAUUUCUAGAAUCGCAUGAAUCUAUUCUAAUGAGUUUAUAGCAAAAUGGCAUGUUGGUUGGCAUUUGAAGGCUGUUAACCACAUGCCAUGAAAUGGCUGCAUGCUCUCUUUCCAGGUAUCUCUGUUCAAUCACUGUUUAGCAUGACAAAGAUCUACAGUUUAUUUGCAGAACAGAAAAGAGGAUCGAUACAAAACUUGUUCUCAUUUUAGAAGCUGUGUCAACUGAUAGCUGUCCUCUUAUUCUAGUUCAAGUCUCUCUAUUUGUGCACAGAAUUUCAGUCGGUGAGAAGGCACAGAAAAUUGCUCAAGGGCUGUCUUAUAACGCCAGAGAACAAGUAAAAAAGUCGCGUCAUGAGGAACUAGUUGAGUACUGGUCCGAAGAGUCUUGUAUAUUUGCUGCUUCAAAAUUAAGACCAAAACUGUUGGUGUAAUUUUGCCAAGCCAGUUGGUGUAAGUAUUUAUCAUCGAUCCAUAAAAUUUUAAGUUA